AUGUCGUCCUUUCUCACACCGACGAAGAAAUCCCAGAAACCGACGGUGGGCAAAUCGAAGCCGUUUCAACCCCCCAACCGUAUUCGGGCCAUUCGUGAACAAGCCGAACGCCAACAGGCAACCGCCGCUGCCGCCGCCGCCAGUGCUGUCGCCCAAGCACAGCUGAACCGCUCCAGAGCACCGACCGUCGCCGUCUCGAACCGCCCACAAUGUCCGAACAAAACCUGUGUCAAGCCUAAUGUCGUCGAUGGCGUGUGCCAGACCUGCGGUCGAGUCGCUGACGACAGCAACAUUGUCGCCGAAGUACAGUUCGGGGAGACCUCUUCGGGUGCCGCCAUGGUGCAGGGAAGCUACGUCGCCGCCGAUCAGGCCGGCGUGCGGACAAUGGGCCCUGCUUUCCGCCGUGUUGGUGGCUCCGACGACCGAGAAAAGUCCAUUCGCGAGGCUCGCUCCUUGAUGCAGGGGUACGCCCAGAGACUCAACCUGAGCGACAACACUGUCAACACCGCCGUUCAGGUCUUCAAGCUCGCAUCUCAGGCCAACUUUGUUCAAGGUCGCACCCUCGUCAUGGUUGCCGCCGUCUGCCUUUACACUGCUUGCCGCACCGAGCGACCUUGCAAGAUCAUGCUUAUCGAUCUUGCCGACCUCACGCAGAUCAAUGUCUUCAAGCUUGGCCGAGCUUUCAAGGCUCUGAACAGGGUCGUGUACAUCUUUGGCAACGGAGAGGCCCCGGUAUUCCCCGAGGAUAUCCUUUUCCGGCUCGCUUCCAAGCUUGAGUUUAAGCACAUGACUAAUAGGGUUGCUGAAGAUGCUGUCCGUCUCGUUCAUCGCAUGAAGCAGGACUGGAUCGUUAUGGGCCGUCGUCCAUCCGGUAUCUGUGGUGCUUGUUUACUCAUAGCCGCCAGAAUGCACAACUUUAGGCGUACGACCAGAGAAGUCGUCUAUGUCGUCAAGGUCACGACCCACACUAUACAAGAACGUCUUCAGGAGUUCAACGUCACUGAGGCCAGUAAGAUGACGGUGGAGGACUUUCUGUCACAGGACUUCAGUUCCAGUUCGCACGACCCGCCUUCAUUUUACAAAGGCACAGAGGCUUGGCAGAAGCAGCAGGAGGAGCUGGGCAAGAAGCGCAAGCGUAAAGUUACGGAUGAAGGCCAAAAUACCAGAACCGCGCCGGCACCUUCUCUUUCCCCUCCCGACUUAUCUACAGCUCCCGCCGUUGAAUACCGCCGAGACAAGGACGGCUUCAUUAUCCCCCCACUUCCUUCCCAGAUUGCUCAGGACGAGCCGGCACUACGAGACACGAACAGCACCCAGCAUCUCGAAGGCUUGGCAGAGGAGUUUGGUGAUGCAGAGAAAGAGAGCGAGGAAGCGUCACGACAGGAUGCCACCAAUAAGAAUGGACGUCAACCUAAGCCUUCUUUGCCCAUCGACAACGAGUGGGAGGAGGACGAGGCGCAAAUGGAGGAGCAGAUCUCGGAGAUCAUGAACGACCCGGAGACAUACGAGCAUGCCAAAGCUUUCAGCAACGCUGAGCAGCGUGCCCGCAUCCAUUCCAUCUGGGCGCUUCAGCAGCAGCCCAACAGGGCUGUAUCGAUGGCACCAGAGGUCGGCGAAGACGAGUUUGCUGAUGAUCCCGAGGUGUUGAACUGCAUGUUGACACCCGAGGAGAUCAAAAUCAAGGAGUUGCUGUGGGUCAACGAGAAUAAAGACUGGCUGCGCCAGUCGCAAGAACGCCUAUUCAGAAAGAAGCUCGAAGAGAAGAAACCCAAAAAGGACCGUAAACGGAAGAAGCGACCACGCAUUGGUGAGGGCCAGACGACUCCUGCAAGCACACCCGGAGAGGCAGCAGUCAACGUGAUGAAGGAGAGAGGCUUCUCGAAACGCAUCAACUACGACGCCAUCAGGCAAAUGUUCGACGUGCCGGACAAGGGUGACCCGGGAUCCCGGCCGGAGAGUGAAGCUGCCAGCCGCCCGACCAGCAAGGCGCCCAGUGUGAUUGACGAGACCAUCUAUGAGGAGGAGGAAGAGGAGGAGGAAAUUGAACCUCUUGAGGGUCAAGAGUACGAACAUCAGGAUGAUGAGUUUGGCGGUGGAGAUGACUACGACGACAUGGGUGACGAGUCCCACAUGUACGAUGAGGAUGAUCAGGGGAUGGGAGAAGAGGACGAAGGCGAUGAUGACUUCGGACUGAACGACGAUGACGAGUGA